CUCCGGGUUUGGGCCCCCUUCUUUUCCCCUCUCCCCCCUCCUUCCCGAGCCCCUUUCCCCUCCCCCGCCCCGCUCCCCUGCCUCCCCGCCCGGGCCCCGGGGAGACCCCCCCCCUCCGAGAAGAGCCCGCCCCCAGAAGCGCGCCGCCGCUGCCGGCCGUCGGGGCCGAGCCGCAGCCGAGCGGCCGUGGGCCCGGGCGGCGGGCGGAGACCGGGCGCCCUCCCCGCUCUGGCCCCCGUGAGGUGAAUCACCAGCGGCUACCACUGUCCUUCCUUGGGGUUGCAAAGUCCUACUUGAUACAGUUACUUCACCUGGAUGGAUGAGCCAGCUUAUUUGUGCUAGAAGUCAGGCUGGCUUCAGACUCACAGAGGUCUGCCUGCCUCUCUUCCCCAAGUGCUGGGAUUAGAAGUGUGCACCAACACCACUGGCCCAGAUUGACAAGUAUUGAUUCACUGAAUGAUGCAGCCCUUCCAAAUGUUUGACCCAGUUCAUAUGAGCCCAUAGAAACUGCUGUGUCCUCUGCAGAACAUGUCUAACAGUCAUACUACUCAGGAGACUCUGGAGAUAAUGAAAGAAUCAGAAAAAAAACUGGUGGAAGAAUCUGUAAGCAAAAACAAAUUUAUAACUAAAACUCCAAGUAAGGAAGAAGUUGAGAAAGAGGGUGAAGAUACUGGUUUACGCCAGGAGACACAGAGGCGGACAUCCAGCCAUGGUCAUGCCAGGAAAAGAGCCAAGUCUAAUUCCAAGCUCAAGUUGGUACGCAGUCUCGCAGUGUGUGAGGAAUCCUCCACUCCAUUUGCUGAUGGACCACUAGAUGCCCAGGAUAUUAUUCAUUUGCACAUCAGCUGUCCAUCUGACAAGGAGGAAGAAAAGUCCACAAAAGAUGUCUCUGAAAAGGAAGACAAGGACAAAAGCAAAGAAAAGGUCCCAAGGAAGAUGCUGUCCAGAGACUCCAGCCAAGAAUAUACUGACUCCACUGGAAUAGAUCUACAUGAAUUUCUUGUGAAUACACUGAAAAAGAACCCAAGGGACAGAAUGAUGCUGCUAAAAUUAGAACAGGAGAUUCUGGAGUUUAUCAGUGACAACAAUAACCAGUUCAAGAAGUUCCCUCAGAUGACCUCCUAUCACCGGAUGCUAUUACACCGGGUGGCUGCCUAUUUUGGGAUGGACCAUAAUGUUGAUCAAACUGGGAAAGCUGUCAUCAUCAACAAAACCAGCAACACGAGAAUCCCUGAACAGAGGUUCUCAGAACACAUAAAAGACGAGAAGAACACAGAAUUUCAACAGAGGUUCAUUCUCAAGAGAGAUGACGCCAGUGUGGACCGAGAUGAUAACCAGAUCAGAGUUCCAUUGCAGGAUGGAAGGAGGAGCAAGUCAAUAGAAGAGAGAGAGGAGGAAUAUCAAAGGGUCCGAGAGAGAAUAUUUGCCCGAGAGACUGGCCAGAACGGAUAUCUAAGUGAUAUCAGCAGACUCUGCAAAGAAGCCUUUUCUUCUAGCUCUCACAAGAGAAGGCAGAUUUUUAGGGGGAACCGUGAAGGGCUGAGUCGCACCUCAAGCAGCCGACAGAGUAGCACAGACAGCGAACUCAAAUCCCUGGAGCCACGACCUUGGAGCAGCACAGACUCAGAUGGCUCUGUCCGGAGUAUGCGACCCCCUGUCACCAAAGCCAGCAGCUUCAGUGGAAUCUCCAUCCUCACCCGAGGUGACAGCAGUAAAGGUGGCAGUGCAGGAAGGAUCUCUAGGCCAGGUAUGGCACUAGGUGCCCCAGAAGUGUGCAACCAGGCCACCUCACCCCAGUCUGUCCGGGGCCUUCUCCCUUGUCCUGCCCAGCAGCAACAGCAGCAGCAACAGCAGCAGCAACUUCCUGCUCUCCCACCCACUCCUCAGCAACAGCCUCCCCUGAAUAAUCACAUGAUUUCACAGGCAGAUGACCUCAGCAACCCCUUCGGACAAAUGAGCCUUAGCCGCCAAGGUUCUACUGAAGCAGCUGACCCGUCCUCAGCUCUGUUCCAGCCCCCGCUUAUUUCCCAACAUCCUCAGCAAGCUAGCUUCAUCAUGGCUUCUGCAGGGCAGCCCCUCCCUACUUCUAACUACUCCACCUCUAACCAUGCGCCACCUACUCAGCAAGUCCUGCCACCCCAAGGCUACAUGCAACCCCCACAGCAGAUCCAGGUUUCUUACUACCCCCCUGGACAGUAUCCUAAUUCCAACCAGCAAUAUCGACCUCUCUCUCACCCGGUGGCCUAUAGCCCCCAGCGUGGUCAACAGCUGCCUCAGCCAUCCCAGCAGCCUGGUUUACAGCCCAUGAUGCCUAACCAGCAGCAGACGGCUUACCAAGGCAUGCUUGGGGUCCAGCAGCCUCAGAACCAGGGCCUACUCAGCAACCAGAGAAGCAGCAUGGGAGGCCAGAUGCAAGGCCUUGUGGUUCAGUACACUCCACUGCCUUCCUACCAAGUCCCAGUGGGCAGUGACUCACAAAAUGUGGUCCAGCCACCUUUCCAGCAGCCUAUGCUGGUCCCUGCCACCCAGUCUGUGCAAGGAGGCCUCCCAGCAGGGGGUGUGCCCGUAUACUACAGCAUGAUCCCAGCAGCUCAGCAGAACGGCACCAGCCCUUCUGUGGGGUUUCUGCAGCCUCCUGGCUCUGAACAGUACCAGAUGCCUCAGUCGCCCUCUCCCUGCAGCCCACCACAGAUGCCACAGCAGUACUCAGGAGUGUCACCUUCUGGACCAGGUGUGGUGGUCAUGCAACUGAAUGUCCCUAAUGGACCUCAGACCCCCCAGAAUCCAUCUAUGGUCCAGUGGAGUCACUGCAAAUAUUACAAUGUGGACCAGCGAGGUCAGAAGCCUGGGGACCUGUAUAGUCCUGAAGGUAAUCCCCAGGCCAACGCACAAUUGGGCAACAGCCCCGUCACAUCUCCUACCCAGUCUCCAGCACCCUCUCCUGUCACCAGCCUCAGCAACGUCUGCACUGGACUUGGUCCCCUGCCUGUCCUCACACCAUUCCCCCGGCCUGGGGGUCCUGCACAGGGUGAUGGGCGCUAUUCCCUAUUGGGUCAGCCAUUACAAUACAAUCUCUCCAUCUGCCCUCCCUUGCUCCAUGGCCAGUCAACUUACACGGUGCACCAGGGACAGAGUGGACUGAAGCACGGAAACCGCGGCAAGAGGCAAGCGCUCAAGUCUGCCUCCACUGACCUGGGCACAGCAGAUGUUGUGCUGGGAAGAGUGCUGGAGGUGACAGACCUCCCUGAAGGAAUCACCCGGACGGAGGCAGACAAACUUUUCACCCAGCUUGCCAUGUCUGGCGCCAAGAUCCAGUGGCUUAAGGAUACUCAGGGGCUGCCUGGUGCGGGAGGAGGGGACAACAGUGGGACUGCAGAGAAUGGCCGCCACGCGGACCUUGCUGCCUUGUACACCAUAGUGGCUGUAUUUCCCAGCCCGCUGGCUGCCCAGAAUGCCUCCCUUCGCCUCAACAACUCUGUGAGUCGCUUCAAACUUCGAGUGGCCAAAAAGAACUACGACCUGAGGAUCCUGGAGCGAGCUAGCUCCCAAUAAAUGGAAGACAGGAGGGACUGGCAGGGUAGGAGUGGGGCCAAGCAGAGGGAGCCCAGGCAGACCGACUGGGCCAGAGCCUGCCACCUUACAGCUGAAGAGAGAAGCAGACAUUCUCACACCGGCAUGGGACUCCUUUCCACUUCUUGCCAUGGGUCCCCCUUUUCCCUGUUGGUUCCUUCUGUUUUUCUCUUCUUCCCAUCCUCUGCUACCAGUUUUUUUUUUAUCUCUUCUCCCACCAUGGAAUUGAUUUCUUCCAUAUGUUGUGUCCCACACUCUCCUCUCCGCUUCCUCACCGCCCCAGGCUCCUUUCCUCUCUGGUCUUCAUGAAUAUGUUUAUAUGGACAGAAUUAAGAAAAGUACAUUGAUUUCCCCAUUCUCUCACUUCCCCCAUCUUGUCUCCCCAAAACCCACAGAGUUAAAACUUGGGACCCCACCCCCAGAACACUGUACAUUGUUUGUCUGAGGUUUGUGCCUCCGUAACAGAUGCAGUAUUCAAUUGCACACACAGGUGUUGCUGGGGGUGUCCACUGCACAUUUUAUUUAAUCUGGUUUUUGUUUGUUCGGGGAGUUGCUGGGGAGGGAGGUUGGUUUUGUUUAUAAAUAUAAAAAAAGCAAAAACCUG